GCUGUAUUUUCGCUGUUAUUUUUGGUUUUAUUUUACAUUUCUCUCUAGAAAACCAAUUUUUCACCUGUUAGUCGUGUUUUACAGCUUCCGUUCCUUAUCCAACGGAAUUUUAAUGGUGUAACCAUAAUGAGUUCUAAUGAUCAACAACCGAGUAGCAGUGCCAAUUCAUCAGCUUUCAUCGAUAUGACCGACGAUGAUAGCUCUUUGAUUUCACCAACGGCAAUAGGAGUGGGUAAACCUUCGGCAGAUAGUCUCAUGAGCGACGAUGAAGGAAAAGUUUUAACAACGCUGGAACCUCUCAAGUCCACACCGGUAGCGGCCAAGGACAAGGUAAUUAUCCAUAGUCAUACCAUCAUUAAGCCGACAAGCGACAGUAAAGGACGCAGCAGUUCAGAACUUGCGGCAAUUCAAAAAGAUGAAUUGCUAGCUAAAAUGAAAAGCCGGUUGAGUAAACAAAUCGAUCUAAAGGUAGUACCAACCACACCUAAGAAGCAACCGGCAGAAUCAACCCAUCAUGACUCAAGCGGAUCUAUAGAGAUUCCUCAUGAUCUAAUUCUUAGCAGCGAUAUUCCUGCAACACCACUUUCAAGUGCCGCUGCAAAAGGUGAAUUAGAAGAUCAUGACCUGAUUGCAAUUCUCGAGGGGGAUGAUGUAGAAAUUACGGAAAACGCAACCGAAAUUGAAGUAACAGUUGGCCGAGAUGUAGGGUAUAACGAUGGCCAAGUAUUAGAGGAAAUCCAAAUUUCGUUUGUCGAUGAUCAGGAAUUGGAAAAGGAACGGGAGAAGGAAAUUGCUACGCGUCAGAUGGCAAAUCUUCCGAUACUGCCAAAAGGACGAAGGCCAAAAGUUCCCACCUCGUUAGCACUAAACAAGCCUGACUCGACAACACCUGUAACGACAAAAGGACAAAUUACGAAUAAAACGCAAACUACAAUCAAAGGGCAAACUACGAUUAAACCGUUACCCCGGCCAUUGCUUGUCCCAAAAAAAGAACCAGAAGAUAACUUCAUUAUUCCCGAUCUCAAAACCUCUCCCAGUUCUAAAUCUGUUAAAACAUCUGCGGUUCUACCAAAAAGUCCAUCAAAAAUUACAACUCCUACACAUACAAACUCUUCUCCACGUGACAGUAAACAGUCACCAAAUGAACUGAUCAACGCUUUAGUUUCUGAUUGGGAUGAUGAACCUGUAUCCACUAAGGAGGAGCCCGUUGUUCUUAUCAAAUCAUCGCCCAAGCAAAAUACGUCCCUCCCGAUGCUUCCUCCUCCAGCGCCAGUAGAACCACCUAAACGUUCGCGAAUUAUCAAAAAGAAAAUUAUUUGGGAUCCGGAUAAUCCGGAAACUCACAUGUCUUUUGCUAGCUUCGUAAAAUCCAAUCGAACGAAAGAAGCGGAGACUCCGAAGGCAAAGACCGAAGAAUUUUCUAAACCAUCGCCACCAAUAGUUCGACCGCCAGGUACAGGCAUUCGUCGAAAACGCGCUGAAUCUGUUGCUGUUCAUAUGAUGAAUGAUCCUCCUUAUACUCCUCCUCCUUAUUUAAAACGAGCACGGACACCGGAACCUACAACAAAGCGUACGAACCUCAACAGCAACGCAGCAAAAGCUACUAACGUAGCGCGUAAGAAAAAGAGUGAGAUAGAGAUGCUUCUCGGAGAUGAAGGCGCUAUCAAUAUGUUAUAUGACGUAGAAUGUGAAAAUAGUAACAAAGAUUUGUUGAAAGAUGCUGACAUCGCCCUGGACUCUGAUGACGAAGACGAAAAAUUGUUAGCCAAGGCAAAAAUUAUUACUGAUGCAGUAAUUAAGCAAGGAACUUCUCCAACCGACAGUACUCCAAGCGUUCCUAGGGUUAGAGCCAAACGAGCAUCUACCCCUCAGCAAACUUCUACAAGUCCUGCUCCCCCAACUGCUCCAGCUGCAAUAAUUACUUCCACAGCUCCAAUUUCCUCCCAACGGAAAAGUGGUGGAACGACUUCCAAUGGUGCUAACAGUCGCAAACGUAAGCAAACAUCUGCUUCGGAAGAUUGGGAUUAUGUUUACAGCGCAAGAAAAACCUGCGAUGAUGCGAUGAUUAUUCGCCGACGCUCUAACAGCUCGUACUCCAGCUCCACCAGUCCUCGAAGAUUGAGCGUCGAACAAACCGCAACUCCAUCGAGUGAAACUGUGGUUACCAACCAACAGAACAAUUCUGGAUUUGAAUUUGUGAAGCCGUCAGGCAAGAGCUCAUCUAAGGCUGCUCCCAACCUUAAGGUGGAUUCUUCCCUUGUAGCAGACAUGAAAGGGAAAUUAACCAAAGUGCUUGGAGGUGGCAAAACUCUGAAAGAUGGCAGCCUAAACAUAUCUAUUCCAUCGCCGUCUUUUUCAUCCUCAACUCAGCCAGGCGAAAAACGAGCAAAGAUGUCGCCUAAAGCAAAGGUUUUGUCCAAAACCGAUGGUGUCACAACUGUGAAGAUCAGUGAAAAGGAAAUUACAUCGGCCACGGUAUCGAGUGGCGAAACACUGCAGUAUAAGUUGAGCGAAUUGAAACUGACCGAGCUCAGUUGUAACACGAUUGGCAGCUACGCUGAGAUCAUUCUGGCGCCCAGGGAAACGAAAUUGAGAGAUGUCUUUUCGGUGGAUCUAAUUAAUGAGUUGAAAACCGUUCUUAUCCUGCUGAAAAACGAGCCCAGCGUCAGAGCAGUGCUUCUACGAUCCAGUGGAAAGCAUUUCAGCCGUGGCAUCGACGUAUCGUACCUAAUUCAACCAAAUGCGGAGAAGCGCAAAAAUGUUGCCCAGGUUUAUAGCGGUCAUUUAAGGAAUUUUCUUCAAACCCUGGUGACGUUUAACAAACCGCUAGUUGCAGCGGUACAUGGAGAUGUUCUCGGGCUUGGUGUCACUAUUCUGCCCUUAUUCGAGGUAAUCAUUGCAUCGGAGAAUACCACCUUCUGUACCCCAUACGCACACUUCGGACAUCUCCCAGAAGCAAUGAAAAUUUUCAGUACCGCCAAAAAUCUGAAACCCAAGGCGAUCACAGAUUUACUUUAUUUAAGCCGAAAGAUAAGCGCGUCAACAGCUUUGGAUUACGGAGUGAUUACCGAAAUUGUAUCCGCGGAGAAACUACAAGAUAAAGCCAACAGUGUCACCAAGAGACUAUCUUCCUUGUCUACUCAAGCAUUUAAAUCGAUCAAAGCGAACCUGCGCCAGGAGCUUGUGGCACACUUGGAUGACCAGCUUGUCGCCGAGCAAAAGAAACUUACUCAGCAGUGGAUUACCACCGAAUGUCAGGAAAAGUUUAAAUUGUUUCUGUCCAGAGGCGGCGAAUGGUAAUGUUGCAAAACUUUUAAAUCAUAAGUGAAUGGAAUACUUUUACUAUUUUUUGUAUCAUCAUAUUUCGAUUGACAUUUAGUACAGUUGCGGUUAACCGUAGCUUAACCAUUAACCGGUGAAUAAAACAUUAACGCAACAAAUUGUACUCAUUGGUCGAUGGUUUGAUUUGAAUAAGAGGGUAACCAUCAGAAAAUGGUUGAUUUUCAUGAAAGAAUAAAUGAAUAAAGAUACUUUAUUAGCUCUGUUUAAAAGAUAAUUUCGUCAGUUAAAAUGUAUCAGCAUGAAGAGGCGCUUUUAAAAUUUAAUUUUUUCCACGGAAACAAAUUUCAAGAAUCAUAUAAAAACGUCUAGUUGGAACUCUUCCUUACAAUAUCGGAUUUUGGUAUUUAUCGAGACGGUAUAAAGUCAGACAUUAGUGCAAAUAUUUUGAGUUUAGGCAAAGAAGCAAUGCAGGAAUUGUUCUGAUCUACGAAUUAUAUUGUAUGAAUCAUUAAUGUAUAAACAAACAUUCUUAG